CACCAGCUGGUAGGAUGGGGUUGUGAUGGGCUGAGUACGGGUUCCCCUCGCAUCAGUGCAAGUCAAGGCACAUAGCAGAAGCCACCGCCUGGAGGCAAAGACGCAUGGAACUGAAUCUGCUGUGUUGGAGACCAAGAAGAAGUCGAGUGCUAAUUCUGUGAAUCCCUGAGAGCAGUCAAGUUUACAUUGGUGCAUACCGACUCGCUGCACUGCAAGUCCUUCUCUCCCCCCUAUGCAACUGUUGCGCGUCUCCACUUUGGAUAGAAGUAGCUUGAUCACUGCGCGCCGCAGAGCGCAAAGGAACUGAGGCUUUGGUUUUGAAAGAGUUUGGAGAGACCUCUCCUCAGGACUGCAGCAGCUACGAUGAGGAAACUCUGAGGUGGCAGUUAUCUCCGUCCGCUUUAUGCUUCCUUUGGCUCUUACCAAAGGUUAGCCCAUGUGCAGGUAUCCCCUUGAGUGUGAUUCUGUUUUCACCCAGAUCUCUGCUGCCUGGACAAAUGCAUACAAAUGCAUUUAGGAGCUCAACGGACAAGGAGUGGACACGUUUCCGCGGCAGCAACGUGGAACUUUCUCCUGCUCCUGUCAGUAUGCUCAGCAGCACUCUCUGGAGAAGAUUACGCAGCUCAAGGAGUGGAUAUCCUUUAUCGAUUGGGGCUUACAACUCAAAGCCACACAGACGAUACCUACGAAAGGACAAGCUCACAGCCUCCCACUUAUGCAAAUGUUCCCUCACCUUUCGAUGGCCCCUUUUCUGGAUAUGGGGUGUUGCUCGACUCAAACUCCCUCUAUGAGGCGCCAGUGCCCAAUCUAUUCCCUUCAGAAUUUGGCGAAGAGUUCUCCGUUAUAGUUAGCCUAAGCUCCUGGCGAGCAAACAAUGCAUUUCUUUUUAGUAUCAAGGACGGGAGGGACCGGUUGCGUUUUGGCAUUCAGUUGCUGCCACGCAGAGUGGUGGUUUAUACUGCAGAGAAAGCCUCCAUCUACUUCAACUACAACUGGCAGGAUGGGCGGCUGCACCCUUUUGCUGUUGGGGUUCGUGCACGUUCAGUGUCCUUCUAUGCGAAUUGUGGAGGGGUGCAACAGUGGGAGCAAACCCUGGGGAGAUCUCAAACACUGGGGGAAUCUGGGGGUGUCUUCACUCUGGGAAGGAUGAACUCCAAGGCGGCACCAUUUAGUGGUCAAGUCUGCCAACUGGAUAUCUAUCCCUCAGCCCAAGCUGCCGCGCACUACUGCAAAUAUCUUAAAAAACAGUGCCGGCUGGCCGACACUUACCGAUUACAUUUCCCACAUUCUGAUUCGGAUAUUGUGGUGAAUGACCCCCCUUCUAGCCAUUUGACAAAGUCUCUUCUUGGAGUAGCAGCUACUCAAAAUACACCCAUCGGAUCUACAGCAGCCAUUAAACUAUCCCCAGAUCGUUUGGUCACGCAACAUUCAACUCUGAGCCCACCAAUACGACCUCAUCUGGGGGACCAAGAAAACAUUUCCACAUUGAAACCAUUAUCCCACUCUGCCACAUCAUCACUCCAGCUUUAUAGCCCCACCGUAACUACGCCAAGUAGUCAAGCAGCUCUGGGUUUUGCCUAUAGCACAACAACCACCACUACCAAAAAUGUGUUGGCUAAAGACACUACGCCCCAGGAGGACACUGAACACUCUGAAAACAGCACAGAAGAAGAGAGAAAUUCCAGAAAACAGCCAAGUCCGGAUGCCACUACAGGUGUUGUUUCCCUGGUCAGACAGAGCCAACUAAAGGAAGAACUCAGGAACAACUCCAUCACAAGCUCUAGGGACUCUGGCUCCACAAGCCAAAAUUUCCCAGAGACUCAUCUGAGAGCCAAUAGCACUACUUUGUACAGGGAGAAUCAGGUGGACACCUCAGAGCAGAAUGAUUUGGAUGGCAGCUAUGAUGACGUAGACAUGGGAGAGUAUGAUUAUGGAUACGAGGAGCCAGAGUUCUUCUAUGACUACCAAGAUGGUUUACAUGGCCCCAAAGGAGAGCCUGGUCCUCCGGGUCCUCCUGGUCCCCCUGGUUUACCUGGUCCUCCAGGAAAAAGAGGCUCUCGGGGUCCCCCUGGUCCACAUGGAAAACCAGGACAGCCUGGAUCACCUGGACCCAAGGGUUCAAAGGGAGACCCUGGGCUGUCUCCAGGUCAGGCUCCACCAGGAGAGAAGGGUGACAGAGGAUCUCCAGGUCGUCCUGGACCCAAUGGAUUUCCAGGCUUACUGGGUCCUAAAGGUUAUCUGGGUCCACCUGGACCACCAGGAGAACAAGGCAUACCAGGACUUCCUGGCGAAGCUGGAGCUGCAGGUUACCCUGGCAGGCAGGGCUCGGCCGGGCCACAAGGUAGCCCUGGCCCUAAAGGUGUUCGUGGUUUCAUUGGGCCUCCGGGCGAUGCUGGCCCACCCGGGCUGGAAGGGGAGAAAGGCAUACCUGGACCUGCUGGAAGACCUGGCCCCAAAGGAAGACAUGGUGUCAUGGGGGAUGCUGGGGAGAGGGGGCCUCCUGGUCCAGAUGGAAAUGAGGGCCCUGUUGGUGGGGCUGGCAUAAGUGGCUUUCCUGGUCUAAGGGGAGACCCAGGGCCCGAGGGACCACGAGGACUGCCUGGUAUGGUGGGACCUCAGGGCCCAACAGGACGAGCCGGCCUGCCUGGAUUGAAAGGUGAUAAGGGUGAAACCGGACAAAGGGGCGAGCCAGGAGAGAUGGGGUACCAGGGGGAUAAGGGUGCUGCUGGUGCACCUGGUCUUCCUGGGCCCAGAGGGAAACCAGGGCCACCGGGUAAAAUUGGAGAAAUGGGUGUGACUGGAUCACCUGGGCCUCCAGGACCAGAGGGGUUUCCUGGGGACAUUGGAGCGCCGGGCCCAAACGGACCACCUGGUCCAAAGGGUUUGCAGGGUGAGAGAGGACCCCAGGGUCCGCCAGGGCCUAAAGGAAUACAGGGCGACGAAGGACCACUCGGCCCACCCGGCGGGCCAGGCCCUACUGGGAGACCUGGAAGGAAAGGCCACAUCGGUGAACCUGGCUCCGAGGGUUUACAGGGAGAGAAAGGGGACAUGGGAAAUAUUGGAAAAGUUGGACCACAAGGUCCAGCAGGCCUGAUUGGGAUAGCUGGGGUGAUAGGAGUUCCUGGUGAAAAGGGUGACCGGGGACCACCAGGUCCAACAGGUCCAGCCGGAGAGAAGGGGCCCAGGGGUUAUCCAGGGUUGCCAGGGAGCCCAGGGGACAUCGGCAUGCAAGGUGCACCUGGUCCACCGGGACCGAGGGGUAGUCCAGGCAUUGCUGGGCCAAAGGGUAGAAGGGGACCCCGAGGUCCAGAUGGCCCACCGGGAGAACUGGGUCCUGAGGGCAUCAAGGGUGAAAAGGGGGAGAUCGGACCUAAAGGAGAGCCAAGCUUAAUAGGCAAGGCUGGAAAUCCAGGAGAGAGAGGCCCUCCUGGGAAGCCUGGAAAACCAGGUAUUCCAGGCAGCACCGGGGAGAGGGGAGCCCAAGGUGAACCAGGACCCAGAGGACCUGCUGGAGAGGCUGGACCUGAUGGAGAACAAGGACCUGAAGGUUUACCAGGCUUAGAGGGAGAACCAGGUGCCAUUGGAGAGCCAGGGGAAAAGGGUGAUGUUGGGCCUCCAGGAGCUGAAGGGGAGCAGGGGCAGGAGGGAAUGAGAGGUCCUCCCGGUCCCCCUGGUGAAGAUGGACCUCAGGGAAAAGAUGGAGCCAAGGGUGAACCUGGAGAGCGUGGGCCUUUUGGGGAGCCAGGGGAGAAAGGGACAGAAGGGGAUCCUGGACCCCUGGGGCCACCUGGAGAGCCUGGGAAACAGGGUUUCCGUGGUCCAGAAGGAAAAGUGGGUCCCCCAGGAAACAGAGGACGGCACGGAAAGAAAGGAGAGAGGGGUCCUCCUGGUCUUGCUGGGGAGAUUGGCGCUCGGGGAGACAUCGGCCAGCCGGGCGAGCCAGGACUGAAAGGUGCCAGGGGAACUCGAGGCACAUCUGGUCAGCCUGGAGUCAUGGGGAUAGACGGGCAACCAGGACUUCCAGGAUACCCAGGGCACCUUGGAAAGCCUGGGCCCGUUGGCCCGCCAGGACCCAAAGGUGAAAAGGGUUACCCAGGCGAGGACAACAGGACCCCAGGACUGCCAGGGCCCUUAGGUGAACCAGGGCCUCCAGGGGAACGAGGAGAGCGUGGAGAGUCGGGGGAUGAAGGCUAUCAGGGCUAUAUCGGUACCCCUGGACCUCGUGGGGCUUCUGGACCACAAGGCCCACCGGGAUCUCCAGGCUCCCCCGGAGAACCAGGCCCAAAAGGAGAAAAAGGAGCUCCGGGUUUGGCUGGAAAGAAAGGUGCAAGAGGUCUGGUUGGAGCUCCCGGCAUUGAAGGGCCGACUGGGUUACCUGGGCUCACAGGAAUGAAGGGUUAUCCAGGCCCUGAUGGCCCCCCGGGACCAACUGGCUUAGCAGGACUCCCAGGAAAACAAGGUCGACAGGGUCAGAGGGGCUCAGUGGGACUGGAAGGGCCUGCUGGACGGCCAGGUCCAAUGGGAGAACUUGGACUUCCUGGACAUUCUGGAGAAAGGGGACCGCCAGGUCACAAGGGAGAACCUGGCCUACCAGGAGACAGGGGGGGCCCUGGAAUCAAAGGCAUGAAGGGAGCUGCAGGUGACCAGGGAAAGAAAGGAGACCCAGGACCCAAAGGGCUGUCUGGGGAAACUGGAGAUUUGGGCAUGAUUGGUUUACAGGGCUUACCAGGACCUAAGGGGCCAACUGGUGAUUUAGGACUGAGAGGUUUCCCUGGUCCUAAAGGUCCUAUGGGUACUUUGGGCUUCACUGGACCUCUAGGCCCUGAAGGAAAAAUGGGUCCAAUGGGAAAACCUGGGCCAAGGGGUCCAAAAGGAAACGGUGGUGAAAUGGGGCCUCAGGGACCACAGGGAAGCCCUGGACCCAGAGGACCCCCUGGCGCUCCUGGUCCAACAAGGGUGUUAUAUGACGACUUAGCAGUCUACAGUCCAUCCGCUUCCAAUGAUGCCCUGAGGACUGAGAGUUUCCAGAAUAUGGAGAUGAGCAUGCCAGACCAGAACACGGAAGUACUUAAGACUCUACAGUAUUUGAGCAGUGUGAUCGAGAGCAUCAAACAGCCUCUCGGGACAAAGGAGAACCCAGCUCGUGUCUGUAAAGACCUGCUGGACUGCCAGCACAAGUUAAAAGACGGUUGGUUCUGGGUUGAUCCAAACCUGGGCUGUACGUCUGAUGCCUUCCAGGUGUUCUGCAACUUUACAGCAGGGGGACAGACUUGUUUACAUCCAGUGUCAACUGAUAAGAUGGUAUUUGACAUAGGAAAUGUCCAGAUGAAGUUUCUCCAUUUACUGAGCAGUGAGGCUAGCCAAAGCAUCACGUUUCACUGCCUGAGUUAUCAACCCUCCAGCACCGCAGACAGCUUCAGCUCCAGUGGACACAAAGAGAACACCAGGCUUCGGUUUCGUGGCUGGAACAAACAGAUGUUUGAGAAAGACACACUACUUGAACCACAUGUGCUACAAGAUGAGUGCAAGAUCCAAGAUGGCAGCUGGCACCAGUCACGAUUCCUCUUCCAUACUCAGGACAGUGGUCAGCUACCAAUUGUAGACAUAGAGGAAUUUCCCACUUCACAAAUCAACAGUCAGCGAAACGUAGAAAUCGGUCCAGUCUGCUUCCUCUGAUACCAACAUCCCCAUCAUCGAAGCCACUUUUAUAAACCACUUAAAUCCGCAGAUUUUUAAAAUUUCCUACCAAAGAGAUGCUGGCACAGCAAGGCAGACUGUAUCCCUGAGAGCUUGUUGCAUUUGCUGGAGAGCUUCAGCAGGACUUACUGUGAGACUAACAAAAACCCAACAUCGAACGGCAGGCAGCUCUACCUGGGAGAAAUCAGUCUCUGUGGAACACCCAUGCCAAAGAGGACAGUGUAUACUGAUAUUUAUCUAAUCAAUGUGUAAAGUAUUUGUUUAGUUUUCACUCAAAAGGUGCAUUGGGCCACUGCAUAUGGACCCAUUUUACUUCCUGAUGACGGGGGUAGGGCCUCACAUUGCAGCAGCCUGUCCAAAACCCAAAACUCAAACCUGCCAUUCACUCAUGUUCCACCCCUUCAACUCCCAAACACACCAUCCUUGGAAGGGGUCGAAUCCAAAGGAUCAUGCCAGGCCUCUGCAGAGGGCACUGUCUAACUAAAGGUGCAAUAGCAUAUGGAAAAUGUGUGUGCUUUAAAUAUUUCAUUGUCCAAUCAGAGGCUAUAUUUGAUAUUGUUUUUCAUUAUGUUUUUGUCUUCGGUCCCAUCCAUUCGGACCUGUACAUCUUGACAGAUGGUACUCUACCUCUACCUGCUUUCAAAAAUAGUCAAAUUAGUCAUUUUUACCUUUUGUUUUGUAUGUACCGGUUACAUCAGAAUUUAUGUUGUUUUAAAUGCUUAUGUUGAUUUGGUCACUUCUAAUUUAUGAACCAUUUUUUGAUACACAACAUAUUUUCAUAGCUUUUCCUACUAUGUGGUAGUUUCCUCAGGGGAAACCUAUCAUUGGUGCUGCAACGUUUCCUGUGUAUAUAUUGACAGCAUACUUCAAUGUUUAUUUAUAACCUGGUUUUUUUUUUGGUUUGUUUUUAGAUUUGUUAUUAUUAUUUUUUUGGUCACAUUACUGUGGUACAGUAAAGUUAUACUCUCAGAGAACUUGCUUACUUGGUCAACCACAGCUCGGUCUAGAGGAGUAUUUAUGUUUGAAGUGUGUGUGUGUGUGUGUGUGACUGUGUGUUCAUCAUACUGCUUUAUAAAUUCAUUCAGAAGUCAAAUGCAGCUACGGGAGGACAAAAAUCAAAAAACACAGAAAACAGUCAUCAUACUCUUAAGUUAUGUUACCAUUAAUUAAGUGUAAUUAUAUAAAGUUUGUGGAGGACAAAGUUGGAUGCAAAUGUGUAAAUAAAAAAUAAUUUUAGAAACAAAUAAAUGGGACA